AUGCAUAAUUAUAAAAUGUUGAUAACGUUUAAUGAAAUUAUUAAUGCUCAAACUUUGAUUGAAUGCAAGACAUUUAAGGAUAUGGAGUGGAGAUGCUAUAUGACUUCAGAGGUGGGUAUAUCUUACGGGGUUAUUCGAGAUAUCGACUUAGAUGUUAGUGAUGAAGAUAUUUUGAAUAAUCUGAGAUGUGAACUUGAGAUAGUUUCAAUUAAAAGACUGAAUAAAAGAAAUUCCGAAGGGACAGCCCAAUGGGUUAGAUGCGAAGCACUUCGGCUGGGUUUCAAAGGAAAUACUAUACCAACUCAUGUUUUCCUUUAUGGCCUAGGCGUUAAAGUGGACCCCUAUAUUUUCCCCGUGACACAAUGUUCUCGUUGCUGGAAAUACGGUCAUAGCCGGUUUCAAUGCUCGUCGACUAGGGUGAUUUGUCCGAAGUGUUCUCGUAACCAUGAAAAUUGUGAGGCCACCGUUUUUAGAUGUGUGAACUGUACCGGUAAUCAUAUGGCUUUGCAGAAGGUAUGCCCAGUCUUUCAGAAAGAGAGGAGAAUCCGGGAGCUGAUGUCGGAGUUUAAUUGCACAUUCAGGAAAGCACUUUCAAUAUACGUCCCACCCUCACCUGUUGCUGGAAAUAAUACAGAUCCCGAACAACAACAGAUCCAUUUAGAUGAAUUUCCCUGUCUCCCCACCCAAACAGAAAAGGAUCCACCAGUAGAAGAAGAAGCACAUAGUCCAAAAGAACUCAUGUCUCAUUUAUUUACUAAACCGAAAAAAAGAAGCUUAUUAAAGAAAAAGCAGUAUCGUCCGCCUUCUCCUUUUACGGCUCCGGAACCAACGCAGGUGGAGAUGAAUUGGAGUGAGGAAUCAGAUAAAAAUGAAGAACAAGAGAGAGAUCAGGAAAAUGUCAGGGAAUCACGUGAGAACAGUAAGAAAGACUUAGGUUUUAUUCGGUUACUUACUAAUUUGUAUAAAAUUGUUAUAUGUAAGGAUUCUAUAGAGAUCAAGAUGCAACGGGCUGUUAUAAUGUAUACUGAAUGGGUGUUGCAUAAAGUGAUGAGUGGGAUUUCGGCAAAGUCCACGUUUAAGUCAUUUUGUGAUGAUGGAUAGUCACACCAUUAAUGUUAAUAUAGCCAUCAUGCAAUGGAAUUGUCAAAGUGUGAGGCCUAAAGCUAUAUCGUUAGAAUCUUUUUUAAUACAAGAAAAAAUUCAUAUAGCUGCCUUAAGCGAAACUUGGUUAGUGCCCGAUUCAAUGUUUAAAAUUAGUAAUUACGUUAUUCACAGACUGGACAGAGUAGACGCAUAUGGCGGUGUGGCUAUUCUUUCACAUAAGUCUAUUAAAAGUUUUAAGUGUAAUUCACGUUGUUCAAAUUCAGGAAUUGAAUUAUUACAUAUAAAGAUUGUAAAUUGUCAACAUAUUGAGAAUGUCAUAUCGGUGUAUUGUCCUGCUGGUGUAUUAACAACACAAAACGACUGGGAUUAUGUUUUUUCUCUAACAAAUAGUAAAUCUCUAAUUUUAGGAGAUUUUAACGCGCAUCAUUCUUCUUGGUCCAACAAAAUUGAUCGUAGAGGUACGCUUAUUUUUGAUUCUAUGUUAGAGCAUAAUUUUGCCUGUUUAAAUAAUGGAGAGGCAACAAGAGUACGGUAUGUAAAUGGAUUGUUGCAGCAGUCAUCGCCAGAUGUCUCAUUUGUUUCUUCCGAUUUAGCUACUUAUUUUUCCUGGAAAGUAAGUAAGGAGUCUCUUGGCAGCGAUCACCUCAUUAUUAAGCUAACUUCUCCUAUACGAAUAGUUGCUAGCCAGCUAUUGCGGAAAAAACGUAACUUUAAAAAUGGUAACUGGAAGUCGUAUGCUUUAUUUAUAGAAAAAGCUUUUAAUAAUUAUAAUUGUCCGGAAAAUAUACAAGAGUUAUAUAAUUUUUUUGAAUUUACGUUAAAAUCUGCAGCCGAAAGAUUUAUUCCUUACAUUAAAUUUCCAGAUUAUCCUUGUAAUAAGUUUAUUCCUAAACAUUAUUGGCAUCCUACCUUGUCUAAAGCAGUAGCUGAACGCCGCUUAGCUUUGGCCAAUCUUAGGCGUAAUCCCAGUGCAGAAAAUUUAGAUGUAUUACAUGAAAAGAUUCGUAACGCUCAAAGGCUUAUAAGGGUGGCCAAAAGUGAAGCGUGGCAGAAGUUUUGUUCAUCGGUUGAUGAAACAACUUCAUCUUCAAAUAUGUGGCAGCAAAUGCGUUGGAUCAAAGGUCAUGCUUCGAAUUUUGACAACAACUAUCCGGAUAAAAAGAAGGUUAUGGAUUUACUCAAUUGCUUAACACCCGAUUACGCGUUACCCCCCCAACCGAGGUUUUAUUCCGUAAACAGUAAUUUAGAAUCUGAUAUCACACUACAGGAGUUAGAAAAUUCAAUCAAAAGUUCAGACACUUCUCCUGGAUGCGACGAUAUAAGUUUUUCUAUGAUUAAAAAUCUACCUGAUUCUGGAAAGAUCCUUUUGAUAAAAUUGUAUAAUUUGAUUUUUACCGACGGUGUCAUUCCAUUACAAUGGCGUCAGGUCAAGAUUAUUCCCAUACCCAAACCUAAUAGAGAUUCGAAUACUACCAUGUCCUUGAGACCUAUCUCUCUUUUAUCUUGUGUUUGUAAAAUUUUUCAUACUAUUUUAAAGAAACGGUUGGAGUGGUAUUUAGAACACGAGUCAUUGCUGCCGCAAAAUAUGGUAGGCUUUCGUAGGGGGCAGACGUGCUUGAGCAGUCUCACUCGGUUAGUAUCUCAAAUCCAAAUUGGUUUUUCUAAAAAUAUUGUUACUGCAGCUUGCUUUAUAGACAUAGAUAAUGCCUAUAAUAAUGUAGAUGUCACAAGUUUAUUAAACAUUUUAGAUUCAUUAGGCGUCGGAGCAAGAAUAUGUUGUUAUUUAUGGGUAUACUUGAAGGAAAGGCGGUUAAAUAUUGGUGUUGACGGUUGUGAUAUUGCGAGAUCUACUUGCCGCGGCUUAGCCCAAGGUGAUCCUUUAUCACCCCUUUUAUUUAAUGUGGCAACAGUUAAUAUAUGUAAAAAUAUUCAAAAUGUUUACAUUUCUCAAUAUGCUGAUGAUAUAGUUUUAUAUAUAUCGAAUAAAAGUUUAAGUAUUGCAGUAAGUACAUUAAAAUUUGCAUAUCAAGAACUAAAUUGUAUGUUAACUAAAUUGGGACUUUCAAUAUCUUCGGCCAAGACUAAAGUUUGUGUUUUUAAAAAGGGGGGAUUUAGGGGUAAUUUAGAUUUUGAUGUCGACGGUCAAUCCUUAUCAAUUGUACAUGAAUUUAAAUACUUAGGCUUGUGGUUGGAUAGUCGUUUAAGAUGGAGUAAACAUAUAGAGGAAACUAUUAAAAAGGUAUGUAAGUUAAUCAAUCUGCUUAAAGUAUUGGCUGGUACUGGGUGGGGACUCCAUCAAAGACAUUUGAGACGCUUAUAUAUUUCCUUGAUAAGAAGUAGAUUGGAUUAUGCGAGUUUUUUAUAUGACAAUAGUUCUAAAUCCAAUCUAAUUAAACUUGAUAGAAUUCAAAAUCAAGCUUUGCGCGUGAUAGGUGGAUAUAUUCGCAGCACCCCUAUCCACGUUAUGGAAUGUGAGUUAAGUCUUCCACCACUCCAAAUUCGGCGGAAAUACCUAGCAGGAAAAUUCUGGCUCAAAUGUAAUUCCAUCCUCAACAGCAAGGACGUGGAGGUCAUUAGAGAGUUAACAACUCAUAGUAAUGCCAGGUAUUGGAGAGGUAAAAGACUUCCUCAGCUUGUUUAUACGCAUGCAUAUUUGAAUUCAUUGCCUAUGCACAGUACCACUUUACCGGAGAUGUUUGCUUUGAAAACCUGGGUUAGCAGCAUAUACCUUCACAACAUAAUUUCUACUUCGAUUCCCUCCAUAGACUACCCAAAGCGGAUGUUUAGUAGCCACGACCUGAAUUCUAUUUGUACCCGUUUUAUUGAUGAUGAAUACAAAAAUUAUUAUAAACUGUAUACCGAUGGCUCUAAAGAUAGCAUUGGGGGUGGUGCAGCCUUUCUAGACCCUUUAGUGGGAUGUUGUACUAGGAUUAAGAUUGAUUCAAAAAUUUCCAUAAUGCACAUUGAAUUGAUUGCAAUAGCGGAAGCAUUAUCAUAUAUUGGGUCUAUUGCUUUCCAGAAAUUUGUUAUUUUGACGGAUUCAAAAAGCUCCUUGCAACAUUUGGCUCGUUGUACCUCUCAGGGGAAAGGUAUACCGAUAGCCUACCAGAUUUUGGAAUCAAUCUUCCGUCUAAUAUCCCAAAAUAAGAGUGUGGUACUACAGUGGAUUCCCUCUCAUAUCCAUCUAAGUGGAAACGAUGAGGUUGAUCGUCUUGCCAAAGAGGCAGCAUACGAGGGGAUUUCUUCAGAUAUUUCGCCUCUUUAUUCAGAUUAUUUCAGUUUUGUUAAAUUAAAGUGUAGGGAAGAUUGGCAGGAGUAUUUUGAUGAGAGGUCCCGUGCGAAGGGAAUUUGGUACAAAACUAUCCAACCACAAGUUAGCGAUCAACCUUGGAUUGAUAAUGUGCCGCUUAGUAGGAAUGUUCUUAAAACUAUAUUAAGACUUCGUUCUGGACACAUUGCAUCAAAUAGUUUCGCAUUCUUGAUGAAAAUAGUCAAUUCACCAAACUGCAACGAGUGUGGAAGCAUUGAGGAUGUGUUGUAUGUUAUGAUGGAAUGUGUGCGGAACCAAGACCUUAGAAGAAGGUUGUUCAGAUGCAAUACAUGUAAUGUCGGGGUCGUGAACAGCAUCCUCGCUUUCCCGUUAUCGGAGGAAGCCCGGAUGCUGGUCAAAAUCGCUGAAGAAGGCUUAAGAAGAAUGUAAAAUUGUUUUAUUUUAUUGUUUGUGUGUAGAUUUUUGUGAUUUGUUUGUUAUAGGGCGAUGUUAUCGCUGAGCGAUAAAGCCCUUCAAUUAAAUAAAAAAAAAAAAAAAAAAAAAAAAA